UAAAGCACCGUUUUUGUAGUGAGGGGAAGGAUUUGAGGAACGUACUCGUUAGUUUUUAGUGUUCGCCUGUGUUUUUUGUGUUAAAUAGAUUUGAACAUUGCCGAAAAUAAAUUCGGACAUGUCAGCUGUGCAGUAUCAAUAAGACAGGCUAAAUAAAUGUUUUCAGUAACGCAGUUGUGUCGUAUCUGGAGAAAAUCUAGCUUUAAAACUAAGAAGCUAACGCCUACACCUUUGUGGCGGUGUCGCUGGUGUAACUGUCACACAGACCGCGGUAAUGUAUCUCAGCAGCUUAAUCCAGAGGAUCGCCGAAAUAACCAGGUAACAAAAAGGCACAAGAAGCAAAGAACUUUGUGUCAACCAGUGCUCGAUCACUUUGACCAGCAGUACAGUGAGGAACUUGGUGACUUGUGGCCAUAUGCAAGAGAAGUGCUGCUGGACCCUCAGUCAUGGCAGUAUGGCAUCAUGCUCAAUCGCUUCACUGCAGUGACAGGCAUUGCACAGAUUCUUCGAGCCCAGGGCUUUUCCACAUUGUUGCCACAAACAGAUGUCUCAGUGCUGCAUUCUAAUGGUCCCGCCACGGUGUUAAAUUCUAAAUACCAAGAAGGAAAAGAUACUCUGUCAACUCUCUGCAUUUCCAAGGGCUCUCCAGGUGACCCCCAUCCCCAGUCUGACAACAGCUCCUUUGCACUCGGUCAGGACUCUCAAUCAGAACCCGCCCUCAGUUUUCCUCCUCCGUCAUUACAGUGCUACAUCCACCCGUCCCUCCUGCGAUUUCCCUCUCAGGCUCACAGGCCUGGCCAGCUGAAGCAGUACUACCUCCUCAAUGCUGCAUCCUUGCUUCCAGUGCUGGCUUUGCAAGUCAAAGAUGGCGAAAAGGUUCUGGAUCUUUGCUCUGCUCCUGGGGGGAAAGCCUUAGCCAUAAUGCAAAGUGCCAGCCCAGCGCUUCUCUGCUGUAAUGAACCAGAUCUUCACAGACGGGACUGGCUUGCCAAAACCCUGGAGUCUUUUGUGCCUCACUCACUAAAAAGCAGAGUGAUUGUGUCUGCACAGGACGGACGGUCUUUUGGGCAGAGCGAAGCGGGUUUAUAUGACAAGGUUUUGGUUGAUGCUCCAUGUUCUAAUGACAGGAGCUGGCUGUAUUUGUGCAACAGCCAGCAGGGGGAACAAAGAUUGAGGGAGAGAGCCGGGCUUCCUUCACUCCAAGCACAGCUGCUUAGGUCUGCACUGUUGGCGGUGUGUCCAGGGGGCACUGUGGUCUAUUCAACCUGCACUCUGUCCAGCUUGGAGAACUUUUCUGUGGUUGAGACGGUGCUGAAGGACUUUCCCGAGGCUGAAGCUGAAGACCUGUGGGAGGAGAUUGCCAUUCCUUUAUCUAAAUACUUUACUUUCAGCUCUAACCCCGGACAUGGACAGACAACUCAGGAGCCAACCCUGCAGACACGAGACGCUUCUGUGUCCUUUUAUCGACACAGACUUGGCAUUCUUGUGGUCCCUCAGCCUGGCAAGACAUGGGGACCCAUGUUUUUGGCUCGGAUUAGAACACGGAAAUAAAAUCUUACCAUGCACGGAAAAAAAGGGGAAAUGACAUAACUAAACUUGCACAAUAACAUUGUGCAAAACAACAAAUUUAAAAUUUAGAUUAAAAACACUGCAAAUACGCACAGUGCCUACCUAUGCCACUUAUGCAAGAGGAAAUGAACAGCAACAGUAGUUUAGACACGCAGAUAUAAACACGUCGGUGUCAAAACAAACGUGGUUAAGAAAGUCAUAAAUGCUCCUGUUUUAACAGUGCAACACCAACCAUCUGCUAAACUAUCAGUGCUGCAGCUACAGUUUUUUUGUUGUUUGUAGCUGUUGGCUUCUCUGUGCGUGUGUGGGUGUGUUGCAGGAGAUUUAAGCAAAUAAAAAUAGAACGCUGCUCACAUCAGUUAAACUCACCUCGAGCUAUCCGCAUCAAAGACAGAACUUAGACAAUAUUCCAGUACUUAACACAUGUGAGCAGUAUUUUAUUGCAGUUUGUGUGAAAUAAAGAGAAAAUGGCGUGAAAGCA